UAAAUCAUUAUAACGAUGAAUUACUCAUCAAUAGUUUGUAGUAAGUCUUGGAUAUUUUUGGUCAACAUCUCUAAGAUCUCGAGAUGUAACUGACUUGACAUUGUGUUUUUGAGGAUUGUUUUACUUUUUUUUUCUUUUUUUUUUUUAUAUGAAGAUCAAAUAUGAUUGCCAAAUUAAGUUAUUUGCCAUCCAUCGUGUUUUGAGUGCAAUAUAUAUCUCGUGCAUGAGAUGAGAUCUAACCUUAGGUACAUAUUAUUACCCUUCGAGAUGACAAAAGUUUGAAUUCAAAGAGGUCAUUCAUCUUAUUUUAUGUCACUACUUAGUAUUAUUCUUUUUCUCCAACAUGAGAUGUUCGGUCAUUGUACGCAGCAGAGAAAAAGUUGUUAGACGGUUUCGCUUUCUUCGAAAGAAGAGAAACUAACAAGGCGGCUUGGGGUGAUUGAUAAAGGCAUAAAAAGUCAUAUAAAAAUGGUGUGGAUCCCUUUAUUCAAAUAUUACGAAUCGAAAUCGCAGUUUCGGAUCCAAAUCACAGACCCCAACGUGUUUCAUGAUCCAGCAGGGGAAGUCGAGGCGCGAGACAGGAGCUCUAGGGUUCGAGGGGAGGAGGCGAAGAUUUCUAUUUUGCAGAUGAUCGAUGAUCGAUGAUCAAGAUUUGGGAUUUUUUGCUAAUUUUCUUGGCAUAUUUAUACUUGUUUUGGUAAUUGCGUAUCAUUAUGUGAUGGCCGACCCAAAGUAGAAAGAAACUCAUGCUCGGGAUAGUAGUCUUGUAGAAAGCAAGUAGAACUUACUGGGGGACUAACAUCUAAAUGACGGUCAUAGUAGUCAUCUGUGUUUAUAUUGAUAUGGAUGUAAUACUUUUGAUCCAGGAUCUAGUUAGAAUUUCAAAUUUUCUUCAUAAUUGAGGACUUUUGGUAGUAUACUUACUUGAUGAGUAUAUUUCCUCGAUAACAUCAUCUGGCUUGGCUACUUUAGUUGGAUCAUCUUGGGCGCUUGUGCUUGAGCGAUCUGAAUGAUUGGUUGCACUGCCUUUACGCCAUGGGGAUAUUGCUGCUUCAAUGUCUUAAUCACGUAGCUAAGAUGUUGUUUUACAGAUUAUGAAAUUUGCCAAUCAUCAUGCGCUAGGUUCUGUUCAUUUCAUGUUUCCUCGCAUGAAGUUUUGUAUACGUAGUUGUUUGAAAGGGUACUAGUGAUUGGUUACUUGCUGAGCGAGCUUUGACCUCUUCUCUUAUUCGGCGUUUCGGACACAAGAGAGGUGGAAAAUAUGGAAGACUCGCUGUGAUAUCGUUUUGCGAACUAAUAAUAUUACCUUCUGUUGUUUAAGUUACCUGCAUUCCAGUGAGGCGCUGAAUCGGGACGCAUCAAUGACUACAACCCGGAGUUAUAAUGGACGCUCUAAUGUGUAAUAAGAGACAAAAGAAAGCUGACGGGCAUCAGCCAUGGGCAUUGCAAUAAUCCAGUUGAAGCUGUUAUCAUAUGCGGAUUAAACCGGCCUGAAUUGGUUUGAUGCAGUUUAGAAAUAUGAUUAUAUACAAAUUAAAAUUUGAUAAGUAUACUAGAUAAUGUCAUAGGAACAUCUUCUCUUCUUCGUAUUGUGUUAGCUCUUGGUGUCGGUGGCCUAUUCUAGGGAGGUCGGUCCUAUACUGAGGUGGAGGAUGGUCGACCCGGCGUGGUGGUUCAUGGUUGGACCCUUGAUGAAAUGUGAAGAACUCUGAUAUAAGAAGGGGUGCAUCUCCUGACAUGGCAAGAUCCCUUCAGCCUUAAAUUAGAAAGGCCCAAUGUGAAUCAGUGUUUAGUAGAGCGAAUAUAACCUAACACAUUGUGUUGAUGGACCCGUUCUACAGCUGGAUCACCGCCCACAGUGAUAACCACGAGGGAUUAUAAAAACAAUAUAUUUUUUGAGGAAAAAAAUUCGGAGAAUAUUUGUUAUGAUUCACUUGUCGUCAUGAGGAAUUAGUUUCAUAACAUUUUAUCUUUUUCUAUCCAGUUGACAACCACGUGUAUCGCUUUUUCUCGCAUUAAGCUGUCAGGACGCCCAACCAAUUGAGUUUUCCCUACGGUACAUUCAAUCUUCCGCGAAGCUUAAAGCAAGACAGCUGCUUCGCUUUAAACAAAUCCCACCGUGGGCCACAUAAAAUAUGCGAGAGGGAGAUGCUAUGCUGCUUUGGGGUUAACAAAAAGGCUCCAACGGUAGCAUAUCGGCAGAGAAUGAUGCUCUCGAGAAAAUAUCAAUUCUUCUCGCUUGGCUCGUCUGGAGAAAGAGCGAGGCUGGCUUUUACCACCACCACCUCCUCCGCGGGGAGCCGCAAGAGUUAUUAACACUGGUAGCUGUAAAAGAGAAACAUCCGAUCCUUGUAUUCAGGCGUCGCCCGAACCUGAGCAGAAUCAACCCGACAGUCACAACCCGUGUUCUUUGUCCUUUCUUCAUACCGCUGCUGACCACUAGAUUGGCGAUAGAGCUCAGCUCAGGCUGGGGAAUUUUCUUUCACAAGACCAGAAGAUAUAUCCGUCGCUCCCGUGACUCCCUGUCUGAAGCCAACAAGGAAGAUGGAAUCGUCCUCAUGAUGUAUGCAUCUGUCCUCCUCUCCUUACCAUCUUCUCAAUAUAUCAAUCGAUAGAGUCUUCACAGGAACGAGAAUGCUAACCACGAGGUUCUGCAUAAUGUAAUGUACAAUGGAGAACAUCACCUUGUUGAUGUUGUACAAGAUGGUUAUUAUGCCACCCCAGUCCUGGGAAAAAACUUACAGAUGAUUAUGUUAGUUUAAAGAUUUAUACUACUUAGAAUACAUGUUUUCUAUUACAUCUUCUCUACUUAUAUUGGCAAUGAUUUGGAUUCU